AUGCAUCUCGUCACCGGCCUACUGCUUGCGGCUUCGGCUGCCCAGGCACACUACACCUUCCCACGCGUAGUCGUCAACGGCGAAUCCGAGGCCGCCGAUUGGUCCUCCACGCGCAAGACCAAAAACGCAGACACCAAGCAGGGCGUCGUGGACCCGACCAGCGCGGAUAUCCGCUGCUACACGGACCAGACCGCCGCCGAGGUGGUUACCGUGCCCGCCGGCGCUGCUAUCCACUACGUCUCGACGCAGCAGGUCAACCACCCGGGACCGACGCAGUACUAUCUUGCCAAGGUGCCUGAGGGGUCCUCGGCUAAGGACUUUGAUGGAUCGGGGGAUGUGUGGUUCAAGAUUGGCACGACGGCGCCCACUAUGGAUGGCACACAGAUGGUCUGGCCUGGUCAGAACACCUACGAAACCGUCGACGUAACCAUCCCCGCCGACACGCCCGACGGCGAGUACCUCCUCCGCGUCGAGCAAAUCGCCCUGCACCUAGCCCAGACCCAAGGCGGUGCCCAAUUCUACCUUGCCUGUUCCCAGAUCCAGGUCACCGGUGGCGGCUUCGGUACGCCGGCACCCUUGGUCGCUCUGCCGGGCGCAUACUCGGCGAGUGACCCGGGCAUCUUGGUGGAUCUGAAUGCUAUUUCGCCGGAUGAGUACCAGCCGCCGGGACCUGCGGUGUGGAGCUAA